UUAUCGCACGGAGUCUCUAAAAUCAAUUUGAAACUCAUUUCAGUCGGCAAGUUGACCUGUUAUUCAUUCUUUAUUUCUCGCACUUUGCUAUUUCUUGCAGCUUACGACCUGCGACCUAUCACGUCAUGAACCAUUUUCCAUUGUCAACGAAAUAACCGACUAGAUAUUUUGACGUGAUCUAGCGUGAUCGGACGCAUUCAACGGACAUAAAUUGUGAAAAAAUAAGAACUGACGAAUAUGGCUUCAACUAAGGUCGACUGGGGCCAAUAUGCUGAGGAACAGGACAAAUUAACAUCAAAGCUGACAAAUAUGAACUUGGAUAAAUCAAACCAGGCUGCAUCCAUUCCUGCUUCUGUAAAAGAUGGAGAUGCAAAGAGCGACGAUGAUACAUCGGAAGAUCAAAUUUCGCCGGCAGAAAGAUCGCACCUGCAAAAAAUUUUAAGGAAAAAAUUAGUUGAAACGACAAAAGAUAUAGAGGUUCAAAGAAAAGAUCCAAAUUCUCCAUUAUACAGUGUCAAAACAUUUGAUGCUCUUCAUCUCAAGCCUGAACUAUUGAAAGGAGUAUAUGCUAUGGGAUUUAAUGCUCCCUCUAGAAUUCAAGAAACUGCUUUACCUACUUUACUUGCUGAUCCACCACAGAAUAUGAUUGCACAAUCUCAAUCUGGAACUGGUAAAACAGCUGCAUUUGUACUUGCCAUGUUAAGUCGGGUAGAUGUUACAAAAAAUUACCCACAAGUACUUUGUCUAUCGCCAACUUAUGAGUUGGCAAUCCAAACAGGAGAAGUAGCGGCAAAAAUGUCACGUUUUUGUCCCGAGAUAAAAAUAAAGUACGCCGUGAGAGGAGAAGAAAUAAGCCGUGAAUCAACUGAAGACAGAAGAGUUAAACCAAAAAUCACCGAGCACAUAAUUAUAGGAACUCCGGGCAAAGUGCUGGAUUGGGGACACAAAUUUAAAUACUUUGAUCUAAGCAAAAUAUCUGUUUUUGUGUUGGAUGAAGCAGAUGUAAUGAUUGCUACACAAGGUCACCAAGAUCAAUGCAUCCGCAUCCAUAAAUUACUUAAACCAGAAAAAUGUCAAAUGAUGUUUUUUUCUGCGACUUAUGAACCAGAAGUGAUGAACUUUGCAGAGAUUAUAGUCAGUAAUCCAUUAAUAAUACGGCUAUUAAGAGAAGAGGAGAGUUUAGAUAAUAUCAAACAAUACUACAUUAAAUGCAAAAAUAUAGAUGAGAAAUAUACAGCUAUUACUAACAUUUAUGGCGUAAUAACAAUUGGGCAAGCAAUUAUUUUUUGUCAUACGAAAAAGACAGCCAGUUGGUUGGCAGAGAAGAUGACAAGAGAUGGACAUGCAGUAGCAAUACUUUCUGGUGACUUGACGGUUGAACAAAGAAUUUCUGUACUAGAUAGAUUUAGAGCAGGACUUGAGAAAGUUCUCAUCACCACAAAUGUUUUAGCCAGAGGUAUUGAUGUAGAACAAGUGACGAUAGUGGUUAAUUUUGAUUUGCCGAUGGACCACAAACGACAAGCCGACUGCGAAACAUAUUUGCACAGGAUCGGCAGAACAGGUCGAUUCGGUAAAUCGGGGAUUGCCAUUAAUUUAAUUGACUCGACGCAUGCGAUGCAAUUAUGCAAAGACAUAGAGAAACAUUUUGGCAAGAAAAUUCAUUAUCUAGACGCGGAAGAUGCGGAUGAAAUCGAAAAAAUCGGCGCUUAGACUAAUAUACAGACAUAUAGCAACAUAAGUACGCUUUUUAUGGAUAUAUCUGUAGGUUUAAAUAUAUAUAUAUAUAUAUAAUAUUUUUUAAAGUGAACUUUGUAUUUUGAAUAUGAAAUAUUCUUUUCCACAAACACAUAGACACAAUAAUUCUACACUAAAACAAAUUGCUUUUUUUUCUCUUAUACUUCUGUUUAUCUCUCUCCCUCUUUUGCAGUUACAUAUUGUACAUUUCAUUGAAUAUAAUGAAAAACAAUGAUCAGAUAAAAAAUAUUGUAAGAACACAAAAAUACUUUUGGAAAAUAUUUUUAUGUACAUGUAUUGAGAGAAAGUUCACACGUAGAUUUUUUUAAAAAAAAGAUCGGAAUGCCUCCCUAUUUGAUUUUUUAAUUUCAUAUGUGUUUGACCCGUAUGAUAAUUUUAUGCCACAGCUAAAAAACAAGGUACAAGUACUUUAAGUUUGUGAUAUGAAAAAUUUACAAAAGCGUCAAAAUGAGAAAAUCUUUUUGUUAAAUUUUUUUUAUUGCAUGUGAUGAUUUGAUCAGCCUGAACAUCUCUUUGGAUAUUUACGAUCUCAGAAAAUAAUAGUGAUUUAACGAGCAUAAUAUUCUGAAAAUAUAAAUGUCGACAGAUAUUUAAUGAUCACGUCGGAAUAAGUCCGUAUGUAAGGUGUCUGAAAUAUAUUUCUUAUACGUUUAAUUGAAAAAUUGUGUUAUGAUUGUGCAAGAUUUGUUUUGAUAUACUCAAUUCGUGUUUUGGUAAUACUACUAAUAAAAGCAAAUGUAUAAAACAAGAUGGAUAAUAAGAAUGUUUAUAUUCUAAUAAAAAAAAUUCCAUUUUUAAACUCUAAUUAUUUACUUCUUUGAAAUAUGUUUGUAAAAUUAAGUAUAAGAUGCACACAUGAAAAAUAAAGUUGUAAUCUAAACAUACAUUUAUUAUAUAAUAAAGCAGAAAAUAAAUUUAUUAAUUAUAAAA